AUGACUAUUUUCCUCGGAAGCCGCUCUGAUGGCCCAAGUUGUCUACUGCGAUCCCUCAUCUCGCAAGUGAUCGAAAAACAUCAGGAUCUGGCCAUCUACGUCCAUGACGUCUACUUCAAAUCGCAUCCAAAACCCACGAGGAAAGCAUUACUGAAACUUCUGCCUGAGCUCCUUCAAGGGUUGGGCUCCGUGCGGCUGAUCGUAGACGGCAUCGACGAAUGGGCUUCACAAGAUCAAGAGGAGCUUCUCAAGGACCUUUCGCAGAUGAUCUCGACCGACAGAUCCUCCCAUAUCUGCAAGAUCAUGAUUUCCAGCAGAGAGACUAUGGACGUUUUGCGAAACAUACGUAAAAAGGACAAAUCAUCCAUGACGAUCUCUCUCAGUAAUGCCAAUGAAGGUCUCGCAGUCACUCAGUCAAUCGCCAAUUUUGUCAAGGUCAAGCUUUCUGAUCUCCCGGAUCACUUCGCCGAGCUUGAUCCAGAUAAGUCGAUUAUGGCUCAUGUCGAGAAAACCCUGCUUGAGAAGUCCCACGGUAGGUUUUGCCCAAACCACUGA